AUGGACAUUAAUGUUCGAAUCUCCGUCUUAAAAUCCCCAAAUCUCUGCCUGAUAAUCCCCAGAUUCUCUUCUUCCUCUAGAUUCCGUUGCUCCAAGAUCGAUUCUCCCAAAAACGGAAACCGCAACGGAGGUGAUGAUGAUAAAUCGUCGAGGGAUUGGGACAAAGCUUGGAAGAAUUUCAAGAAACAAAGCAAGAAGACAUUGUUCUCGCAAUUCAACGUCGACAAGUACGUGACUUGGAAUCCUCGGAGAUCGGAGUUUCCUUUGUCGGAAGAAGUCGAUCCUAUCAAAAGAACAGAGAGAUCUAAUCUCAUGCUUUGGACAAGUCCAAGGUUUACAUUAGUUGGAGCCAUAGUCAUUGUCUCGUUUCUCCUUCUCUACACCAUUCUUGCUCCUGUCAAGUGA